AGAAAUAUGAUAAUGGGCGAGUCAUGGGUUAUUUGGUGGGCAAUAUGGGCGGUGUUCGUUUCUGGAUAUGGAAGUCUGGUUGUAGAUGGCGUGGCAUGGAAUGGGACAGUAUAUGUGGUUGGUGACAGUGCCGCAGGAACAACAGACAAAGAUUUCAUAUGUGCUACCUUGGAUUGGUGGCCUCAAACUAAGUGUGACAGUAAGACUCAGAACUGUCCUUGGGCCAAUGCUUCUCUCCUAAAUUUGGAUCUCAUCAGUCAUCCCACUCUUUCAAAUGCAAUAAAAGCAUUCUCUCCUUUAAGAAUUCGGUUGGGUGGCACUUUACAAGAUAAGGUCAUCUACCAAACGAGUGUUAAUGAAACAUGCAAGCCAUUUCAAUCUGACCGCGCACAAUUAUUUGAGUUUACUAAAGGGUGCUUACCUUUGUCGAGAUGGGAUGAACUAAAUGACUUCUUCAAAAGAUCACGUGCUGCUAUCAUUUUUGGCUUGAAUGCUCUAUAUGGAAGACACGUAAAUUUGGACGGUUCUACUACGGGAGACUGGAAUUCAACAAAUGCUGAGUUUCUCAUUCGAUAUUCUGCUCAUAGGAAAUAUCCUAUCAUCGCUUGGGAAUUCGGGAAUGAGUUAGUUGGAAAGAGCGCAAUAGGGGCAAAGAUAUCUGCAGAUCAGUAUGCUAACGACACCAUCCGUUUUCACCACAUAAUCCAAAAGAUUUACUGCAGUUCACGUUACAAGCCGCUAAUCAUAGCACCUGGAGGGUUCUAUGAUGCACAUUGGUUCGAAGAGUAUCUAAGUAAAACCAGCGACACUCUGGACGUCAUUACUCAACACAUAUAUAAUCUCGGUGAAGGGAGCAGUAAAAACGUGAUAGGCAAAAUCCUGGAAACGGUUGCUAAUUCUUCAGCAAACAAUGACUUCAUUCCACUGCAUGAACUUCUUAAAAACUACAAUCCCUCCCGGAGGCACAAAGUCGUUGCUUGGGUGGGCGAAUCUGGAGGGGCGUACAACAGCGGCGCGCCCAACGCGUCAAACGCAUUCGUUAAUAGUUUCUGGUACCUGGACCAGCUUGGGACGUCGGCCCGGUAUGACACAAAAACAUACUGCCGACAGACACUAAUCGGAGGGAACUACGGUUUACUUGACGCUACUACCUUCCUCCCAAAUCCCGAUUACUACAGUGCUCUUCUUUGGCACAAAUUGAUGGGACCCAAAUCGCUCACCACAGCUUUUGUAGGGACCAACAGCGGCGUGAUACGUGGUUAUAUCCAUUGUUCAAAGACAAAUAAUCCAAACACAAAUGGAGGAGUAACGAUGUUGUUGAUGAACUUAGACAGUGGCACCAAUGUCACAAUUGACACACUAUCAUUAAAAUGCGUGGGCAAGAAUAGGAGGGGAGCAUGCCCUUGGCCGGCCGGGUAUGGAAACCCAACGGCCAAUUACACCAGAGAAGAGUAUCACUUGAAGCCAGCUCAGGCGGGAGAUUUAAGCAGCCGAACCGUGCGGCUAAACGGGAGAGAACUGAGCGGGGUCCCGGAUAGAUUGGACCCGGUAACUGUCCCUUCGGUGCACAACAUAACUGUGGCGCCCUAUUCCAUUGUUUUUGUUCGACUGCCGGACUUGCGCCUGCCUGCUUGCAAUUAAUGCCCACCCUCAAUUAAGUCACCAAACUAGCUAAUUUGUGACAAAAUUACAUACACACUAUUACUACUAAAAAGUUAUGGGAUCAACACGAAUUUGACACUAGUUUUUCAAAAAUUUCGUGCCAAAUAGAUUGUGUCAAACUCUUUUUAGCACGAAUUUUGCACAUCUCUGCCAAAAUAUAAUGCUUGCUAAUUUCGGAAAAUUCAUAUCACAAAUUUCUGUCAAUCCCGUAUUUUUUUUGUAGUGUAUCAAAUUUCAUCAACUUUUAAUACAAAACUAGCUGUUUAAAAUAUGAAAAACCCUUUUGAUUUUUUCCUUCACAAUUUUUCACAAAAUUUACACAAAUAUGGCAACGAAAGUCUCUCCUCAAUUUUUUUUAUUAUUACCCACAAAAGUCAAUAUCUCUAAAUUUGGAGGGAUAGAGGGAGUAAUUAUUAGUGCACCAGGUACUCGGCCUCCUUAUUCUUCGGGUCAGCCGGCCACUAUAUAUAUUUAUAUACUACAUGUGUACCUACACUUUGGUGGUGUGUUGUAAUAUAAUUGACUACGGAAUAUUAUAUUGUUUGGUGCAUGGCUGAACAAUAUCGUCAAUGGUGAACCCUCUCUAUACAUUUUACUUCUAC